UAAUAUAGCAAGCAAUGCAUCAAUGUCAUGUCUUAGCAAAAUUUUAUAGUUUGAACAAAUUUUACUUGGCAUCACUUAAUAUUGCACAGUAUGAAUAUUAAGAGAACUAAAACCAUAUAUCCAACUAAUCAUAUUUAUGAGUUAAUAACUUUGAUUUUCAUCUUCGGUAUCUGAAAAUUUCAUCAGUAGAAAAAAUAUUACAUUUACAUACCAUUUUAGAGUAUAUUAACACCAAUUCAUUUCUUAUAUUACAUUGUUGGAAAUAUAUAUAUAUAUAUAUAUAUAUAUAUAUAUAUUAUAAGAAUUAAUCAAGGUUAAAAAUACAUGUAUAUAUAGAGGUUAUUUCACCCAAUUUCAUUUUAGACAUAAGGAAUAAGUACCACACGGUACAGAAAUAAACAAAAUUUAUAAAAUAUUCAGUUUAACUUUUAAAAAAAAAUCAUAGAUAAACGUGUAAAUAACUGUCAUACAUUUUAAAAAAAAUCUAAAAGAAUUAUAAUCAAAUGUGAUUAGACUCGCCUAUAUAUUAUUUCCAUAAAUACUUAAGUAAAAUAAAUAAAUUUUAUUCACCAAACUUUUUAAGAAGUUAUAUUUUUUCUAAAUUACAAAUUAGCAAUAUAUAUAUACUAGCUGAGGCUGGCUCAUUUAGCUGACUCACGGCUUACUACAUGCACACAAAGCAGAACCACACUGGUUUGUUUUUUAAACUCCUCCGUCCUCCUCAAUUCCGUUACCGUCACCGUCCACCUCCGUUACUCUCAUCCUCACCGUUCAUCCUCUCCGAUCUACCUCCCCGUUGUUAACCGUAUGAAGCACGCCGUCAACGGUUCCUUUUCUCCGGGAUCUUCCCGUCCUUCCCCGUCGACGCUUCCCCGAGAAGACUGCUGGAGCGAGGAAGCGACCUUCACGCUAAUCCAAGCCUGGGGCUCUCGCUACGUCAACCUCAGCCGCGGCAGCCUCCGUCAGAAUCACUGGCAAGAGGUGGCUAACGCCGUCAACGACCGUCACUUCAACACCGGCCGCAACGUCUCCGCCGCGAAAUCGCAGCCCUACCGCACCGACGUCCAGUGUAAAAACCGGAUCGACACCUUGAAGAAGAAGUACAAAGUCGAGAAAGCUAGGGCUUCCGGCGCCGCCGCCGGCAGCGGCGGCUACGUCAGCACGUGGCCUUUCUUCUCCGAUCUCGACGACCUUCUCGGAGAAACGUUCCCGACGUCUAGUGCCACUCCGUCGCUGCCGAUGACGGUUGUUCCGGUUCCGGUCGCUCCACGAUCGGCGAUCCCCAGACGUCCGGCGCCGGCGCCGGCGAUUAUGAGAAUCGGCGGGGAGAAUUUGCUCGGAUAUCGCGGGAAUCUCAACACGUUCGCGGCGGCGGCGGCGGCGGCUGCCUCUUCUCCGGCGUAUGAAGAUGAUUCGGAUGGGUCAAGGUCGAGAUCGAGCGGAGGAGGGAAGAGGAAGCGGGAGGAGAAGCAAGGCUACAAGGAAGUAGCGGAAGCAAUAGAGAGGCUUGGGGAGAUAUACGAGAGGGUGGAGGAGAGGAAGAGGAAGGAGAUGGUGGAGCUGGAGAAGCAGAGGAUGCGAUUCGCUAAGGAGCUGGAGUGUCAUAGGAUGCAGCUCUUCACGGAGAUGCGUGUUCGUCUUCACAAACUCAGGCGUACCAAAGGUCCGACAUCUUCCGCUCUUGAGUAUGGGAUGAUGGAUUUGCCAAGUUCCUUUUGAGUAUGGGAUGAUGGAUUUGCCAAGUUACUUGUAAGGGGUAGGCUUCCUUGUAUUUUUGCUUUCAGCUACGACAACUCUCACUCUCUUAUCUCAACAAUCAAACAUUAAUUGGUCUAAUGAGCCUUAUGUAAAUCCUGCGGUCAUGUUUUAAGUGCCUGGUGUUUUUUUGGGGUCAUGUGCUUGUGAUUUACAACAAUAAUAUCCAUGAGUGAUGAAUUUGUGAUUGUAGCACAUUGAUGAACAAGAAGUCAGCAUGUAAAUUAUAAGAUGUUUUAUC